AUGUGGACACAUGUGAAGGCUUUUAAGUUAAAACUGAGACACUUUGCUCAGCAAGCAGGUGAAGGCAAGUUCUGCCAUUUCCCUUUGCUAGGAAAACAGAUAGUGUCUGGGAAUAUAGCAACCAAAGUUAAGGGCUAUUUCAAGAGCUUGGAGAAAGAAAUGGAAAGACGAUUUAAAGAUUUUAGUAACACUGAGCCAGAAUUUAAUAUUCUGACUUAUCCAUUCACUGCUGAUCCGGGUGCAGCACCUGAUGAGCUGCAGUUGGAGCUGAUCGACUUGCAGUCAGAUCACGCCAUGAAGGAAGCGUUCAGUUUUGCGAAACUAGUGGAUUUUUACAAAUCUUUGUCUGCUGACAAAUUUCCUCACCUGAGGAAAUUUGCAAUGAAGAUGUUUUCACUGUUUGGAUCCACGUACAUAUGCGAGCAAAGCUUUUCGUGUAUGAAAAUUAACAGGAACAAAUACAGAGGCUCACUGACUGACACAAACUUGGAGGCAGUCCUGAGGAUAUCUACCAGCAACUUCAAUCCAGACUUUAAAUGGAUUGUGAAAAUUUGUGCAUUUGUCCCAUUAAACUGA